UCAAAAAGUCCACGUAAAGUACUUUGACAACUCUUCAUGACCACGCAAUAACCGCUUUUUAACAUAAACUACCAGAGGAUUGUUGGCACUACGCAUUUCGAACCGCAUGCCCAAUUGCUAUCUCGACCUCCUCAACUCCAAGACCUGGACGGCCUGAGCAAGACGCAUCCGCCAACAUGACGUCUAUGCAUCUCAAUCAGUUGCGGAAAUGGGUGUACUCCUCUCCGCCAGUUGAAUGGGGAAUGAACCAGCUGCGCGAGCUGCUCAUAGGCGCCGUAAGCCAGGGACCAGUUCCCCAGCACAUCGCAUUCGUUAUGGAUGGGAACCGUCGGUUUGCGCGGAGCCACAAGAUCGAGACUGCGGAAGGACACAACCUGGGCUUCGAGUCUUUAGCUAAGAUCCUCGAAGUUUGCUACAAGCUAGGCGUCAAAGUUAUUACAGUCUACGCAUUCAGCAUCGAGAACUUUAAAAGGUCGAAAUACGAGGUCGAUGCGCUGAUGGACUUGUUCAAAGUCAAGCUGGCGCAAAUAUCACAGCAUGGGGAGCUACUGGAUCAAUACGGAGCAAGCAUCAGGAUAUUGGGGCAGCGCGACCUGAUCAGGCCCGAUAUACUCGAGGCCUGCAACAAUGCAGUCGAAGUUACACGAGGGAAUGGAGAUGCCAUACUUAAUAUCUGCUUCCCAUACACCUCCCGCGAUGAGAUCACAACCGCGAUCCGUUCCACGGUUGACGAGCUAUCCACACCUCUCCCCACCCCAAAGCGUCCGUUUUCCGAAAGGCGUAUUGCCCAGAAACUUCGGUCCCGAAACCUCACAUCCACCUCCUCCUCGCCGCCCCGCCAGGAAUCUCCCACGAGGGUUGAGGUCCCUUCAGCUGGAAACGAGCUCGAUGACUCCAUUUCCUCAAGCGCGACGCUCCACCCUGACUCUGUGUCGAGUUCAGAUCUCCCGAACCCAGAGGAGCCCACGUAUCCGGACCCAGAGAGCAUCACCGCUGCGACGGUCGAGGCGCAUCUGUUUACUGCCGGAAACCCGCCCCUGGAUCUCCUGAUCAGGACAAGCGGCGUGAACCGCCUUAGUGAUUUCAUGCUCUGGCAAUGUCACGAAGACACGCAGCUUAGAUUUUUAGACUGCUACUGGCCGGAGUUCAGCCUGAGACACUUCUUGCCUGUUCUUAUUGAAUGGCAGUGGCAGAGGAAGUAUGGUGACGACAAGGAGGGGGGAGCUGUUAAAACGAGACCGAAGUCAGCAAAGAUGUAUUGAGAAGAUGAUACCGGUACUACCCCACACAGUUCUGGAUUUCAUAGCAAGUUUGGCGCCCGGAGCGUGUUUACUCGACACUGUUGGUAACGAAAUAUAUUGCAAGUUACAUUAUGUAUAGAUACAUUAUGUAUAGAUGUCGAAAAUAAUGGGAGCAGAGUUAGAUUGUAAAAACCAACUUCAUAAAUAAUACUGUUUCCAAC